AUGAAGGAAUGGGACUGCCCCGGACACACCACCUCCCUCGGACACCUGCGCCACGCGCAGCAGUGGGAGUGCUACUUCUUCCCCAUUGCCUCCACUGCAUGCGUGCAAGAGGCCAUGGCAGCACAUGACCGCGGGAACCUGCGCCAGGCGCAGCAGUGGGAGUGCUACUUCUUCCCCAUCGCCUCCCCUGCAUGUGUGCAAGAGGCCAUGGCAGCACAUGAGAGGGGGGAGGCUCCGGAUAUUCGAGGGGAUGACGUGCGAGAGAGCAUGCUGGCUGGCGACACACAGGCUCGGUGGUGGCGAGCUCAAGCCGCCCGUUUCUUGCUCCGCUGGCCGUCUGCUCAUCUCUGCCACGUCAUCAACCACGUCCGCCACGUCAGCUACGGCCGCCUCAUGGCCGAUCGUGUGGCAGCAGUCGCUGCCCAGCAGGCGAGCAUCAUCGAAUCGCUGAACGCCACCUCGGGUGCCAGCUCAGCAGCCACGUCAGAUGCCAGCUCAGUGGCCACGUCAGCUGCCAGCUCAACAGCAGAAAUAGGAGAUCCGCUGGACGAUCUGCUGCUCCUGGUUGCAGCCAAGGCACGGGAAACAGGGAGGGAGAUCCUUGCAGCGAAUGGCAGCGCGACACGUGUACAGUCGUUGCAGUCGCAUAUCUGGCCAAUGAAAGGGGUUACUGGAUGCUCAGGCAUGGAAAGUGGGCAGACGAGGGAGGGGGGAAGUGCGGACACGGGGGUGGGGGGGGGGGUGCAGAUGGUGCGGCCAGUGGUGAGCGUGCAUGUGCGGCUGAGUGACAAAGGGUCCGAGAUGGAUCUUCACCCGCUGCCGGCGUUCAUGCUCGUGGCUGCCCGGCUGAGAGCUCACCGGCCGGACCUGAAGCACGUUUGGCUGAGCACAGAGGUGCAGGUAAGAGGAGGGCGCGGUGAGUGGGGAAGUGGUGGAAGCAAGGGUUGA